UGGAUUUUCUUAUCAUCAGUUUCAAUAGGAAGCAUAAUUUCUUCAUCUGGUGUAGAAUGAUAACCCAAUGUUUAUUUUCACGUCUAACAUGGUUGUCAUUGUUCAUUGUAGUGACUUUCAUAAUUUGCAUUACACAAGAAUUCACUUACAUACUAAAUCUCCAUAGCUACGUGUCAACUACAAACUUCAUCGAAAACCGUCCUCCAAUCAUACAAAUAAUAGCUGACAAUGCCCAAAGACAUUCAAAAAACGACAAAAUACGUCUUAAAUCGUGUCAAAACGCAAAGAAGAAGUACGAUGAUUGGAAACAGAUCACUGAUGAAGUGUAUGCUUAUUCUGCUUUUUGGGAGGAUAGAUUUUUAAAUGACUCUUUUGUUAGGAUUAUAGGUGGAGCAAACAUAUCAAACAACACCUUACACAUUAAAUGCCUUUUUACAAAUCAUAGUGAUUCGGGAGCUUACAUUGAAGCAUCUUCCAAGUACAAAGUUCUAAUUGAACACCAUAAUCAACAAAGCAAAGCAAUUUAUGUAAUCUGCUCGUCAAUACAAGAAGAUCGUCCUAAAUAUGUUACGCUGGUGCCAUUAAACUGGAACAACUCAUGGGUAAAUAAACUGAUUUGGAUCAAAGUGCAAUACUCGCAAAGAAGUCUAUUUCCAUCAAGAAUUGGAGUCUGCGUUAGACCACUCUUUAAUUACACAGAUUCAUUCCAUAUAGCAGAGUUCGUAGCCUACUACGAAGCAUUGGGAAUUGAUCGUCUAACAUUCUACAAAUAUGACAUUUCGGAUGAUAUUGAUGUCCUUAUUUACGAACUUCAAAAAAACAACUACGCCAUCGAAUUGUUACCAUGGAGCCUACCAAAGGAUAUCGAGAGCAUGUGGGCCUUGGGACAGAUUGCCAGCAUUAAUGAUUGCAUAUUCAGGCACAGUGGUAUAUCUGAUUACGUAGUAGUGGUGGAUUUAGAUGAAUUUAUUACGCCAAGGCAUGUGAUGAAUCUAACGCAGCUACUGUCUCUUCACGAUUUAAACUGGAAACAUUUUUCCAGUUUUAUUUUUAGAAGUUGUGUUUUCUGUUUAGAAUAUGAACAAGACUUGUUACCACUCGUUAUUCCUAAAUUUAUAACACAAACUCGAAUUCACCGUCAGAAAUUGAUAUAUCCGUAUAUGGUGCGAACAAAAUAUAUUGUGAAGCCUGAACAUGUUAUUGUUGCUGGGGUGCAUCAUGUGUGGGAACUUAUUCUAGGUUAUCAAGAAUGUUUUAUUCCGGCUAACCAAGCUUUGGUUCAUCAUUAUAGAGCUAAUUUGUGCAUCGGAAAAAACAAAUCUUUAGAAAAGGGAGUGAUUGACGUCAUGUCUCGGAAGUAUUUGAAUUCUUUACUAAGAUCAAAGGUUAUAAAAAUAUGGCAAAAACUGUUUGAUUUUUAAAAUUUUAGAAGAACUACAAAUGUAUGAGUCUUUUAACCC